AGCAGCUGAAGAAGAGAGCACUGAAAGAUCUGAUGUACUCGAUGUUCGAGCUAGGCCGACUGGGGGGUGGGGAGCUUCCUCCCACAAACUCUACGGGCCUUUAACCAAUACCAAAUCAAGACCGAGACCGCAUGAGAAACUGCUUAUAGUAAACCAACACUGAGGAAGGUGUCACAUGAAAACUGAAAAAGAGAAGAGUGAGGUACAUUCAGAGGGAGCUGGCAAGAGAAAAAAUGGAGAAUCCAUUGCUUUUAUCCCCACAGCUAAAUCCUACUUCAAGAGUGAAAUCUCUAUAUAAAGUAAUGAAAUCCAUGCAUAAAGAGGGGUCAAAGCCAGACACAAAAAGCAGGGAUCAGGAAAAGAGGAACCGUUUGAGUCUCCUGCUGCAGAAGUCUGAAUUGCACCCAGAUGCCCCACUUCACAAAUUUGAGAAAUUGGCAAUGGCUUCAAGUGAAUCCCCUGAAACUGUAAAGAAGUGGGGUGAAUCUUUUGACGAACUGAUUUCACAGAAAGGUGGAUUAGAUGCAUUCACAAGGUUCCUGAAAAGUGAGUUUAGUGAAGAGAACAUUGAAUUUUGGAUGGCAUGUGAAGAUUACAAGAAGAACACAGACGCUUCCCAACUUUCACUCAAAGCAAAGACCAUUUAUGAGACCUUCAUAGAAAAAGAAGCUCCGAAAGAGGUCAACCUUGACUUUAACACCAAAACAUGCACCAGUCAGAGCAUGAGUCACCCGACACUCAACACAUUCGAUGCUGCGCAGACCAAAAUCUAUGCCCUGAUGGAGCAAGACUGUUACCCACGCUUCCUGAGGUCCAACCUUUACUUAGACUUACUCCACGGUAGACCUCAUGGCUGUUCUGCUCUUAGAAGGAGAUCACGCUCUUUUACCUUCAAUGAGUUCAAAGAUGCCCAGCCAGAUUUUGCCAUCUGGCUUUAAAUAAAUAUUCUCCCUUGGACUUCCAUCCGUUUGAGAACAUCUUGGCGGGAGCAGCAGGACAUCGCCUCAAAUGGCUUACAUGAGUGUAACUUCACCAUUCCCGUGGAAUGGUGUCCAAGUUAACUUGCUGAUGAUCACAUUGUGAAGUCUACAGUGCUUAGCUUCAACCAAUGCAUGAAUGGGGAACAGCUUUAUAACUGUCUUGGGUUCACUCUGCAGUCAGAUGCUACUAAUUCAGGGAGCACCAUUUCGUAAUAAGGUACUCAUGAUUUUAGAGCGCAUGCACACAGCAUAAUGGUUUAGAUACAAAUAUGUAUAUUUGCAUCUCACAUGCAACAAGAGAUGUCAAAUUAAAGUAAGGAAAUCUCUAUUUCUUACACCGUAAACACAUUUCUGUAGGGACAAAACAGACCUGCCUGAGAGGUGCCAGAUGGCUCUCAUUUAUUUGGAGAGGCACCAAAUAUUUUUGAGAUGUGCUAGAUGUAAAAAUAUUCAUGCUCAACCUUAUUUUUUUUUAAUGCAGAGAAGAGGAUGUUUCAGCAUAAGUGAAAUGGUGCCAUGGGACUAAAUAUUUACAUAAUUGCUUCUUGAUACAGGAUCAUUUUGGGGUGGUUCUGAAUAUGCAA